AUGGCAUCUAUUGACCUUAAAGAUGCAUAUUUCUUAAUACCUAUUUACAAUUCACAUAGAAAGUAUUUAAAAUUUGACUUAAAUGGUAUUCUUUAUGAAUUUAAUUGCUUGCCUUUUGGAUUAUCCACGGCCCCUUAUUUAUUUACUAAAUUAUUAAAACCUGUCGUUGAAUACUUUAGAUUAAACAAUAUAAUUACAGUCAUUUAUUUAGAUGAUUUGCUAUUGUUUGGGAAUUCUUAUGCCGAAAGCAAUAAGAACAUAGUAUUUAUAAAAAAUGUUUUUGAAAAUUUAGGUCUAUUAAUUAAAUAUGAAAAAAGUUGCUUAGUACCUUCAACUAAAUGCAAAUUCUUGGGUUUUAUAUUUGAUUCAGUUAAUAUGAGAUUAGAAUUACCAGACGAUAAAAGGCUAAAAAUUUAUAACCUUCUUAUGAAAUUUAUGAGUACUAUAAAUUGCAAUUUAAGAGAGUAUGCAAAAUUUCUGGGGACGUUAAUAUCGAUCUGCCCAGCAAUAGAAUUAUUCAUGGUUAUACACAAAACGGUUCGAACGUUUUAA